CAGGUGCCUGGAGUGUGCUGCAGCCCUCAGGAAGCUGGGCUGGCAGGGGAUGGCCCUUUCCAAAAAGCAAUUGCAGAUUUGCUGCUUAUUUUCAUCGUGAGCUUAUUUUGGUCUCUGCUUCCACCGCUCUGCCCGGGGAUGCUGUCUGUGGCAUGAUAAGUUAUUUCAAGAAGUGGGGCAGAGCUGUUGGUAUGGAGGGGAGUGCAGGCAUCCAGAUUAAAGGUAAAUCUACACAGAUAAUUGGGAGCCUGCUUCCUGCAGAAAUCAGGUGAAUCAGGGGCGGGGAUGGCUCUGCAGUCCCGGGGCUGCCCUUAAACCACCCCACUGAGUCCCAGCCUAUGCUGUUGGAUCCUGGCUGGGGGCUCCGGGCAGCGGGGGUUGGAUAUCCUGGAUAGGUGGCACAGGGCUAGUAAUCCCCGCCGCCGCCUCCUCAGACCUGCCAGAUGUCUCUCCUCUAGGCUUCAUUUUUAUAAAUUGGCCUUUUAAAGUCUGUCAUCCCCAUGCAGAUGAAAGGAAGAUGCUGUGAUGCCUCUGCGUGCGUGUCUCCGAGCCUGAGCCCAGCUGCCAUGCCUGCAUCUCCUUGAGGCUUUUUGUUUGGGGCUUUAUCUUUUUUGAAGUGCCUUUUUUUCCUUAUUUUCCUUCUUUUUCUUCUUUUUUUUCCCCCUUAACCCCUCGGAAUCUGUUAGCUUGCCACCCCUUGGUUUCAAGCAGGCAGGCCCUGAGCACCAGUCCUCCCUCCUGGAGGAAAGGAUGGGGAGCCCCCACAAGCCCCUUCCUGCUCUUUUCCCUUUGCACCCUUUCCCUCUCCCUUGCUCUGGCUGUGACUGCUUGGAUUGGCAGCAGGAGACUCUUUUUCAUCUCCCUUUUCUCCCUGAGCCCAAAUACUCGUGGCCCAUGGCUUGGUGCCAGGGCAGCUCCUGGGCCAUGGCAGAGCUGGGGUUGUGAAUUUUCAAUUCAAAGGGCAGAGUCUUUAAAUCCUCUGCUUGGUGAUGGAUGGAUAAUUAGGAAUUUCAUUUGCUGGGCGGGUAACAAACAGCUUUGCAUUUUCUGCUGCUUUGCUGAUGUCUCUUGGGGAAAUUCAGAGGCUGCUCCUAAACUGCAGGGAUGUUUUUUUUUCCCAGCUGGCAUGGCUCCCUGCUCAGGUCUCCGGGAAAUCCCUGUGAUGCUGGGGGAAGCUUUGCCAGGGAUUUCUGCAGGAGCUGGAGCUCUGCUGGUGUUGUGGGAUGUGAGGAGCCAGUGCAGGCCCAUGUGUAGCCUGUCCUCAGUGCCUCCUUGGCACAGCCAUGGCACUGAGCUGCAUCCUUGCCUUAAAGGUGAGGAAAUGCCACAUGUAUCUUGUUUCUGGUGGGAUUUUGUUGCCUGUGUGGGUUUCUCCCUAUUUGGGGAGGUUGAGAACCCCUUCCUGGGAUGGAGGUGCUCCCAGAGAACUCAUCUCCAUAGGGAUGUGCUGGGAAUAUGGCAAGCAGCUCCUGGCCACAGCUGCUGCUCUGAAUCCCAGCCUUCAGGGCUCAGUCCUGCCUGGUGUCUGGGGACUGACAUGGCUGGGGUCUGGAGGAUAAGGGGUGGGUUAUGCCAGUCCCCAGUGCCCGCCCCAAUCCGUGGCUGGUGCCGUUCAUCAGAGCAGUAAUUAAUUACUGGCCGUGUAAGCUGCUGGCGGGAUCCAGCGCGUGAUUUAUUAGCAGGAGUAAUCCCUCACCAGCAAAAGGGCUGCUCUGUGAAUGGAGAGCAGCAAAAUCCAGGGAAAGAGCUGCUCUCUGAAUGGAGAGCAGCAAAAUCCAGGGAAAGAGCUGCUCUGUGAAUGGAGAGCAGCAAAAAUCCAGGGAAAGAGCUGUUCUGUCAAUGGAGAGCAGCAAAACCCAGAGGAACUGUCCUGCCCUUCCAGAACUGGAUCCCACAGGCACAAUCGCUGCCUGGAGCAGGGCAGCCACAGGCACCCAGUGUUUGAGCCAGCUGAGGUGGAUUUGCCAAACUGCUGCCCUUGGAGUGGGGGAAGGAAGGUGUCUGGACACAGGGACCAGGUGUGUGGGAUCAUGGGCUCAGCAGUGCCCCAGCCAAGGCCCACCAGCACCAGCAGCCAUGAGCAGUUUUGGCACUGAGAGGUGGUUUUUGAGAUGCAGUCACUGCAGGGGUCCCCCAGGGGAGGCUCUUCAUACUGCCCAGAGUAAGGGAGAGAUUUGGGAAGUGCAACAUGAGCACCAAGCUGGACUGUACACAGGCCCUGCCAGUCUCACAGCCACUGGGAGAAGGACCAGUGUGGAGGUUGGGCCAAGUGGUGCUUCUCCCAAGGGCUCACAGGUCUGGUCUGCAGCUCCUUCUGGUGUGCUCCUGGGUCUGGCUUCUGUUCCUUUUCCCCCUGCACCCCACCUGCUCAUGGGCCUCUGCUGAGAACCUGUCCUGGGUUCUCUGUCAGCUGAUGCUCAGCAGGGAGGGUGAAAUCCCAAAAUCCCAAAAUUGAUGUGGCAAAGGAUGAGGGCAGAAAUAGAGACUGGAGAGAAAGAGAAGGACCAGCUGUGGGGUGCUGCCCUGGGUGGGUACUUCCAGGACUCCCAGUGCUCCCUCCCCCUAUGGAGAGCUGUGCCAUGCCCAGGCAGUCACAGAGUGAGAGGAAUCCUGCAGGCAAAGGCCCCUGGGCUCCUCCGCUCGGGGACUCCUUAGCGGUUUCAUGAGAAAUCAAUAAUGCUUUUGCAUGGUCAUAAUCGUAAAAUAAGUACAAUUUAUGGCUGCUGCCAGGACCAAGAUUUUUUCCUAGUGGAUGAGGUGGAGAGCGAGCGACACACAGACACUUUCCCACAGCACUUUCCUUUGCACUGGAACUGCACAUCAGCUCUGGCACCAUGGCAAGGGGUGAACCCAUUUUGGGGGUCGGGGUUGUUGUCCAUGUCCAUACCCCCCUUUGGGGGUGCAGGGUGGGUUGUUCGUGUCCAUGUCCCUGUUUGGGAGGGCAGGGUGGGUUGUCCGUGUCCCUGUUUUUGGGGGACAGCAUGGGUUGUCCAUGCCCCAUGUGGGAGGGCAGGACGGGUUGUCCAUGUCCCCAUUUUGGGGGGGCAGGGCAGGUUGUCCAUAUCCCUGUUUUCAGGGGACAGGCUGGGUUGGUUGUGUCCCCGUUUUCGGGGGACAGGCUGGGUUGGUUGUGUCCCCGUUUUCGGGGGACAGGCUGGGUUGUCCCUGUCCAUGCCACACUCAGGCCAUGUCCCUGUCCUGCAGCCCGCCGGCAGGUGGAAUGGGGCAGCCAUGAACGGCGAUGCCCUGUGCCAGGAGCCCUCCUCCCCGCUCCCCGACUGGAGGGAGUUCUGCAAGCUGCACGCCCAGGCAGCCGCCGUGGACUUCGCCCAGAAGUUCUGCCAGUUCCUGAAGGAGAACCCCCACUACGACACCCCGGGGGCAGAGACCUCCUUCUCCCACCAUUUCACCGCCAACUUCCUGGACAUCUUCAGCCUGGAGGUCAGCCGGGUGUUCGUGUCUGACUCGCCCACCAAGUACAACAUCGUGCCCUUCGUGGGGCUGCAGAACUGCCACGUCCCCUACGGGCGGGAGGUCACUCCCAGGAAGGAGGAGACGUCCACGGAGUCUCUGGACAGCAUGGACGCCCCGCUGGGCACCAGCCGCUACCUGACCCCAGCCCAGCAGGUGCAGGCUCACAAAGUCUCCUCCUACGGGCAGUCCCGCAGCUCGGAGGAUGUCUCCAUCCACGCUGCUGCCAAGCCCAAGUUCAAGAAAGGUUUCUCCCUGAGGAACAUGAGCCUGUGCGUGGUGGAUGGCAUGAAGGAGAUGUGGCACCGCAAAUCCUCUCCGGAGCCGGGUGCCGAGGCCGCUCUGGGCGGGCGCAGAGCCGAGAGGGAGCCGUGGCCGGCCGGGGGCAAGGAGCCUGGGGACCCUCGGGAGAAAUGGACACACAAGCUGCGCCUGUCCAAGGUGCCCUCGUCCAAGGUGGAGCUGGUGGACAUCCAGAGGGAGGGGACGCUGCGCUACAUGGUGGCCGAUGACACGAACUGUGUGGGGAGCUCGCAGUGGCAGAAGUGCCGCCUCCUGCUCCGCAAAGCGGUAAAGGUGGAAGGGGAGAGGUUCCUCCUGGAGUUUUAUGUCCCUCCAAAGGCUUCCAAACCCAAGGUGAGCAUCCCACUCUCGGCCAUCAUCGAGGUGCGCACCACCAUGCCCCUGGAGAUGCCUGACAAAGACAACACCUUUGUCCUAAAGGUGGAGAAUGGGGCUGAGUACAUCCUGGAGACCAUCGACUCCCUGCAGAAGCACUCGUGGGUGGCUGAUAUCCAGGACUGCAUCGACCCUGGGGACAGUGGGGAUGACAUUGAGCUGGUGUCCUGUGCACAGGGACCCUGUCUGCCAGGCAGGACAGCCUCGUCCAGCUGCGAAUUCCUGAAUGAUGAGGCACCCAGGCCACCAGACAGAUGUGCCCUGCCCAGCUCUCACAACGCUCCCAUGGCCACCUCUGUCCCCGUGCCCCCCAGCCGGGGCAGGGACUCCCUGGGGGAGCUCCUCACCCACGUCCCACUGGAAAGCUUCCUGCAGACGCUGGAAUCCUCCCCCACUGCUGGUGGGCACCUCACAGGGGAGGACAGCGAGGCCGAGGCUGAGAUCAACCUGUCUGACUUCCCCUGGUUCCAUGGGACUCUGUCCCGGAUCAAGGCAGCCCAGCUGGUGCUGUUUGGGGGCGCCCGCAGCCACGGACUGUUUGUCAUCCGGCAGAGCGAGACACGGCCGGGGGAGUACGUGCUGACCUUCAACUUCCAGGGGAAAGCCAAGCACCUGCGCCUGUCGCUGAACGAGAGCGGGCAGUGCCACGUGCAGCACCUCUGGUUCCAGACCAUCUUUGACAUGCUGCGCCACUUCCACACGCACCCCAUCCCGCUGGAGUCGGGCGGCGCGGCCGACAUCACCCUCCGCAGCUACGUGGUGGCCCAGAGCCCGCAGCCCGACACCGGCCCCCCGCCACCCCUCGUGUCGCAGCCCCCGGGCUGCCGGGUCGACCUGCCACCUCCACACUACUUCUGCAGCACAGCACCCACGGGCCCGCCGGUGCCGCCACCCGCGGAGGGGGUGGCCGUGGCCCCUGCUGUCCCGGUCCCCGCACCCUACCACCGCCUGGAGGGUGCCCUGGGUCCCCGGAGCCGCAGCGACAGCGCCGAGCGCCGGCCGGAGCCCCCUGCCGCCGGUGCCGAGGACUACCACGAGGCUGACAGCGCCCGGAGCCGCACCCGGGCGGUGGAAAACCAGUACUCCUUCUACUGAGCCCCCCGAGCCAGGGCUGCAUGGUGGGGCAGCGAGGCAGCUGUGCCCCUCACCCUGCACCGCCUUGCCACCUCCUCCUGCCACCACCAGCGAGCCAGCCGGGACGUCCUCCUCGCUCCCUGCUGCUUUUGGGAGCUGUGUCAGCCUUGGGCAAUGUCCCAGCUGGACCUGGCGCCAGCCCAGGGGUUGGGGCAGUGCUGGGGGUGUGGGAGGCUGAAAGAGUCAGUGCCAUUUUAGAGCUUGCAGCCUCUUCUCCUUCCCUCCGGACCAAGAGCUUUCCCAGGGCUGAGCUGGGCUCCCUGCAUCUCCUUCUGGGUGUGACCAUUGUGGGAUGGCACCCGAAGCUGUGACAGGCUCCAUCCUCUAGCCAAAGCACCUUGGCAUGUCCCUCUGGGGCCAGAGCCCAGCAUGGCCAACAUCCUUCUGGCACCAUCGCCCUGCAAACCAGCUGCUGAGGGACUCUGGCAUUUUGGGAUGAGUGUGGAAAUGUGCCAGAUGUCCAACUCUUCUCACACACAUGGAGCACUGAGAGGGCGCUGCUGCAGAGGCCUGAGGGUUUAUUUGGGCUGGUUUUUGGGCUCCCUCUGGGGCACGUGUUUUCCUACCCUCUGACAGAAGAAGGUUUUUGUCCAAAGCUUAAUGAAUUGCAUUCAAGGAAGGGUUUUCCUGCUGUCCUGCCUUUCCUGUCCCUUUGUUUCCUUUCUCUCCCUGCUGUACUAACAGAGAAUCCCUGGAUAACCCUUUCAUCCUCCCUUUCUUCCUUGAUUUUUCAAAACUUAAGCCCUCCACAAGGGCAUCAGCCUUCUGUCUGCUCUCUACCACAGCUGGGCAAUAUUUUCCAUUGCUCAAGGCAAACCUUGGAAAAAUAUGACAACACCUCCUCUUUACAUCAGCUUUUGGUCAUUUGGGAUGUCUCAGGGGGUCAGGCAGAGGCCAGGGGCUGUGUCCAGAAGUGAGGGACAACUUUGCUUUGCAGGAGAAAGCAGGUAUUCCUGCUUGGCUGGGCUCCCAGGAAUAAAAACACUACAUUGAUUCUUUUCCAACAGGUCAUGGAAGCCCUGAGGAUGGUUUUACAGGCCAGGGUUUAUGCCUCAUGGGAAAUGGGAGACCCUCCAGAAGGGCAGCUUUGCUUGCAGACAAAGUGUUUGCACAUCCCCCUUGGUUUGGCUGAGACAGCUUGUGUUACCCAGCACCAGGACACCUGCUGCUCCUCUAGCAGUGACAGUGCUCACAGGACCUGAGCCAGGUGGCUUUGGAGUGUCUGGACAGGUCUCCAUGUAGAGCAGACCUUACUGGCUGCUAGCAGUUAUCACUUAGUUCAAAGAGGUACAAGCCAAGCCACAACCUCAAAAAAAAAAAAAAACCUUGAAUUUGUCUGGAAUUGGGUUGGGUCAAAUUUUUAUUUAUUAGGUGCCUUCUUUCCUGAGCUAGCAAAGCAUGUCCCCAGUGCUUGACUCACAAGAGGAGAGGGGAGGUGUCUCCAAGGCUCCUUGCUUCCUCCUGUGAUGUGUGAGCUGCCUUUCUGGCCCAUGGAUGUGUGAGACCAUCCUGGUGGAUCCCAUUCCUGCAGCAAAUCCACCUUCUCCUCAAACACGUGUCCCUUCAGAGGGCAGCAGGAGCACUUUGCUCUGUUGAAGGUAUUUCUGCUUCCUCAGCCCAGCUACAACACAGCUCAGAGGAGCAGGGAGAGGCUGGAUGCUCUUGGUUGAUGGGUUUAACACACAUGGUGGAUGAGGGGAGAUCUCCAGAUCUGACACAGACAUCAUCACUCUGGUUCAUCCCUGAGACCCCAAGGGUGGGAUCCAGAAGGCUGGAUGGGAGCACUGCCUUACAGACCUUCAGAUUUUGGCUUUUUUUCUCACUUUCUGUGUCACAGGAUAGGAAAAUGAGGGGGAAGCGAUGAUCUGCAAGCAAAAAUGUUAAUUUGUAAAUAGGGAAGAGUCUGGAAGAGUUUACUGUUGUGUAGAAUAAAUUAAUUUUAUUUAAAUAAAAGAAAUGGGAGGGGGGGACUUGUUAAACAAAUUGAGAACUUGAGUUCCGGUUUUAAAAUAAAAUCACUUGCAAAAACAA